AUGUCGUUUUUCAGAAGCACAAUCUUUCGACACCGAAGAGGUAACAAUAAUAACAGCGGUCCUCCUGAUGAUGAAGGCCGGGAUGCUCCGCAUGAAAAUCAACAUCACCGGGCGACAGGAAGUAAGGAGUUAGGUCUUCCGGCGCUGGAGGAGCAUCCUGAGGAUAUCAAACAAAGUAUUAACGCUGUACAGUCAUUUCUUGCUGCACGCCUGGCCAUAAAAUGCCACUCCUGUGCAUCAAAUAUUACAGAAAACUUUUCUGUCCGGAACUGGAUACGCCGUUGGUCUGAAGGAUCCAAAGGCAAUCCUGCAAAAGGAUGUUAUCUUUGUGCUGCGACCUGCCCCAGCUGCAGAGCCCUGACUUGCCUUGGUUGCGGUAACAAAGUUUGCAACUCCAAGAAUCCUCAUGAGAUCGAAGGGUAUUACAUGGACUGGUGCUGUGAUAAUGGGCGGCUGUUUGGGAUAUGGCUUCUGCUGGCAAGGUAUGACCGGGUUGAGAUACGCUGGCAGGCAUCCUCGUCAGUAACACAAAACAAACAGCCCCCAGCCAGAAAUAGUCACGGCCCGAGCCAACGAAAGACACAGGAUGCCCGAGGCAUUGGGUAUGCGGAUGGCAGUAUGGGCCGUUAUAGCCCGUUUACAGAUUUCUUUCAUGACGGGUCAGGGUUUCAGCCGCUAUAUUCAAACAGGCCUUUGCGGUUUCACGGCAGUGACGAGAAAGAAGAUGAGUUUGUAGCUAAGGUGUUCGACUUUGUUGGUCAGAUGAUCCCUGGAUCCAUGAGCAAGAAUCUUCCUUCUGAGCUACAUGCGAUGUUGCAACUUGGAUUACUUUUGGACAAGGUUGCAGACUUACUCAGAAAUGAUUCUUUGGAUGAUGUAACGAAGCGCAGCGAUGUCUAUAAAGCGGCCUUUGGGCUUGUUUCGAAGCUGAGUUCACACCCUGAGCUAAUCGACCUUGCCAAAUGUGCCAGAUAUCAUAAACAACAAACUCCCGGCCUUGAAAUUCUUUCUUCAUCGAAGCCACAGCAGUAUGAUAGCCCUCCGCUCAUUCUAGGAGAAAAGAUAGCUUCGGUCGGCGAGAGAUUGAAGCAGCUAGCACGUCAGAGCAAGGUUGUCCUUGAUUCAGCUGAAAGUCAAGAUCUUAACACAAGGAGUGGAGAAGAUCUACUUCUCUGCUGUGAGAGUAUCCUUUCUCUUUACUCAGUCAUAUCAGCAGGCCAGGAGGGCACUCGGAUGCGUACAAGAGCAAGCCCACAGGAAAAGUGGGAAGCUUUUCACCAGGAGCAUGGGGUUUCCCGAGAUGAGGGAGUCUUUGACCGGACCCAUGCAUAUUAUAGCAAGGCUAUAACUAUGACGUAUUCGAGUCCAGGGAGAAUCAAGCGAAUGGUCACUGAGGUAGCCAACAUGUCAACAUCUCUGCCAAUUGGGAUCUUCGUCAAAGUUAGUGAAAGUCGGCCGGAUGUCAUGAAAUGUCUUAUAAUGGGGCCACCUGAUAGUCCAUAUGGGUAUGCGCUCUUUGAAACAGCUAUUGGUAAAACAAUAAACCCAAAUCUUCACCCAGAUGGUAAAGUGUGCCUCUCGCUUCUCGGGACAUGGCGUGAUGGCGAUGCUGCGGCGCAAUGGCAACCAGGCAAGUCAACAAUCUUGUCCGUGCUAAUUAGCAUCCAAGCAAUGAUCUUCACGGAAGACCCCUGGCGUAAUGAGCCGGCCUACACUAGUGCAGUAGGCACAAUGGCUGAUAUACGCGCCCGGCGAUACAUAGAGAAGAUUCAGCCCCAGAUAGUCACUGCUGGGAUGUUAAACUGGUUGACGCAGCCCAGACAUAGAUAUGGAAUCUGGCAAAAGGUGAUUCGGGCGCACUUCAAAUACAACAAAGCAAAUAUAUUGGCAAAGGUGGACAAGUGGGCGAAUGAAAACCCUGUGCUUAAAUUUCGAGGUAUCGUCCAGGAGUUGAAGCUAGCGAUAGAGGAUAUCAACAGACGUUGA